ACGAUCCGAGCCUGCAAGGCAGCAGGGCAACUAUGCAUUGCCGUUUGCGAAUCGCCCCGGGCGCCAUGUUUCUGCAAACAGUGACAACAUGUCCAGCCCGGCGGCGCCCCAUGCCCAGCAAUCGUCGUCGAGCCAGCGCUCAUUCCCGGCUGCAGGUGUGCGCGAUGGUCGUCGUCGAAUGCAACAGCCGAUUGCUCCACCAAGCAAACGAGGACUGGCUUCCUCUCCGUCUGGCGUCGAUGCUCAGAACGCGCUCGAGAACUUGAACGAUGCAAGCGCUCGAGAUCGCCGCGGCAACAACGCCCGGGGCGCGACAGCUUCGUCACUGGCAAGGACUCGUUCCCCUCAAGUCAGCGGCGCAGCUCGCGGCGCGGCCGGCAACGCAGGUGGUCCUGGGUCUCUCAGCACCAAACCUCGGGUGACGGCGGUGACGCCCACGCGAAGCCGACAAGGGCUUCGAGCGAACUCGGCUGCAAGUGGGAAUGCUGCCGUGUCGACUGCGUUCACGAUUGCGCUGAACGACGCGACGGCCGAAAAGCCAAGUGCCAGGCAGCGCAGCAGCGCGCCUUCAGCCGGCGCGCGACGCAACGCUGUGGCAGCGACAAGUGGCAACAGAGCUUCAGCAGCACACAAGAGCGCUGCAGCGAUCGCCGGUGCUCAACACAUGUCGCAAACGUACAAUCAAGCGGGCAAAACCAAAAGCUCGAACGAAAAGCAGCCCGAGGACGAUGGCGGCGAAGGCAACGACGCUGACGGCGACGAGCCGGGUGAGCGCACGUUUGCGUCGUUCAAUACCAGCGGUUACGACAAGGACCUGAUCGAGUCCCUUGAGCGCGACAUUAUUUCCAAACACCCGAGCGUUCGAUGGACGGACAUUGCGGAUUUGGAGAAUGCCAAGCGUUUGCUCGAAGAAGCAGUCGUUCUGCCCAUGCUUCUCCCCGACUAUUUCACCGGCAUUCGUCGACCCUGGAAGGGCGUGCUGAUGGUCGGGCCUCCAGGCACUGGCAAGACCAUGCUGGCCAAAGCAGUCGCGACCGAGUGCGGAACGACCUUUUUUAACGUGUCUGCUUCGACGCUGACGUCCAAGUAUCGCGGCGACUCAGAGAAGCUCGUUCGUUUGCUCUUUGACAUGGCUCGCUUUUACGCACCGAGCACCAUUUUUAUCGACGAAAUUGACUCGAUUUGCAGCAAGCGCGGAGGGCACGAAGAACACGAAGCAAGUCGCCGUGUCAAAUCCGAGCUGCUUGUCCAGAUGGAUGGUGUUGGAUCGUCCACCGUGGGCGACGACGCCAGCAAAGUCGUGAUGGUACUCGCCGCCACCAACUUCCCUUGGGACUUGGACGAGGCGUUGCGACGACGUCUGGAGAAGCGCAUUUAUAUUCCGCUGCCAUCGGCCGAAGGUCGCUCUCAACUCCUCAAACUCAAUCUUCGCGGCGUGGCUCAGGCUGACGAUGUCAACGUGGAUGAGAUUGCGAAAAAGAUGGAGGGAUACAGCGGAGCGGACAUUACCAACGUUUGUCGAGACGCGUCCAUGAUGGCGAUGCGCCGUCGGAUUCACGGGCUGUCGCCAGAGGAGAUUCGCAACCUGCCAAAGGAAGAACUUGACAUGCCGGUGACCAUCCAAGACUUUCAAUCUGCUCUCAGCCAUGUCUCCAAGUCUGUGGGUACUGGCGACAUUGAAAAGCACGAAAAGUGGAUGGAAGAAUUCGGAUCUUCUUGAACUCGUUGCACAAAUCAGCAGUUGUCUUGUGGAAAUAGUUUUUGGCGUUGUUUGGUUUCGUUCCCCACAGCACGGCAUGCAGCUUUAGCAAUGUAGUUUUGUGAGAACUUGGCAAGAUUCUGGUGAGACUUUUGUUCUGCUUUGCCAAUCCGAGCAAAAAAAAAACUCCAACGUUUGC